AUGGCAUCUAAAACAAAUGAUGGUGCUGAUUCUUCAGUUGUUCUUACUCCAUUUUUUGAUGGAAACGACUUUGAAUACUGGAAGAUAAGAAUGAGAACUUAUCUGAAAGCUGAAGGUUUGUGGACUAUUGUUGCAAAUGGCUAUGAAGAGCCAAAAGACGAUGGUGAACUUUCAGUAGCAGAGAUGAAAAAUCUUGAGGCUAAGCGUCGUCAAGUUGCAAAAGCUUUGAACAAAAUUCAAAUGGGAGUCUCAAAAGCAUUUUUUGCAAAAAUUGCUACUUGUGAGACUGUAAAGCAAGCUUGGGAGUCUCUGGAAGCUGAGGUGUAUGGUGACGAAAAGGUACGCACUAUCAAUCUUCAAACUCUUAGAAGAGAGUUUCAAAAUUUAAAGAUGAUAGAAUCUGAAAAAAUUGAUGAAUAUUGCACAAGAGUCCUGAAUAUUGUUAAUGAAAUGAGAAAUCAUGGUGACGAAAUUUCUAACCAACAAGUUGUGGAAAAGAUUCUAAUUAGUGUCACAGAAAAGUAUGAGUAUAUUGUUGCUAUCACUGAGGAGACGAAAGAUCUUUCUAAGCUUUCUGUUACACCCCAAAAAUGUUGGCACAAAGGCAAGCCCCAAUGUAACUUUUGUAAAAAGUUUGGCCAUAUUGAGAAGGACUACAGGCACAAGCAACAGGAGCAAGUAAAUUCCUGUGAAGGAAAAGAGGAAGAAAAGGAAGAAAACCUUUUCUACGCUUCUCAAUCUGAUGUUUCAGCAAAAAGCAAUGAAUGGUAUGUUGAUAACGGUUGUACCGAUCAUAUGACUGGAGAUGAAAAGGCUUUCCUCUCAAUUAAUCACAGCAUCACUUCUAAAGUGAGAAUGGGGAAUGGAGCCUUAAUUGAUGCAAAAGGUAGAGGUACCAUUUCGAUCAACAGAAAAGGGAGCGGUAAGCAAAUUCAUGAUGUCCUUUAUGUUCCUGACUUGGAAGAAAAUUUGCUUAGUGUUGGUCAGCUCAUGGAAAAUGGUUAUUCUCUUGUGUUUAGAGAUAAUUGUUGUAGAAUUUAUGAUAAAAUUGAGCCAAAUCAAGAUGAUAAAAAGAAAUUUUCCUUUACAACUUCAUUACAAUGCAUUCAAAAAUGA